AUGGAUGAAGAUGAUGUCACAGUUCCAUUCCUCCAACAGGAAAGCAUCAACAAUGCUUCUGCAAGUAGUGGCUCUGAUGAGCCCCACUCUGGCAGUUGUGCCUCUCCUGAACCUACAGAUAGGAUCCGUAUCUACAAAAGCAGGUGGUAUAUUCUUCUCACCUUCAGUUUGCUCUCCCUUGCCCAGGCUGCCAUCUGGAACACAUGGGGCCCACUUGCCCAGUCAGGAUAUGAUAUAUUUGGAUGGCAGAAUAAAGACAUUGCUUUGUUGACAAACUGGGGACCAAUUAGUUACAUUGUUGCUGAUAUUCCUUUCUCUUGGAUGAUGGAUGUUAAAGGUUGUCGUUUAGCCUGUGUGAUUACAGCAUUUUUUUGUUUCGCCGGAACUGGAUUGCGAUGCAUUACACUAAAAAAGCCCUAUUCGACAUGGUUAAUCAACAUAGGUCAGGCUAUCAAUGGUGCAGCUGGUCCUGUUGUUAUGGCAGCACCUCCAGUUCUCUCUUCAAUUUGGUUUCCAUCACAUCAGCGAUUCACGGCCACAGCUAUCACCAGUUUGGCUGCUGUUUUUGGUUCUACCAUAAGUCCUCUCAUAGGUCCUUUAAUAGUACAAACCAAUACGACUAAUAUCUCAACAAGUGUUAUUAAACCACAAGUCAUUGUUUCAAUUGAAGAAGAGAAAUCUGAAAUGAAUGCUUUACUCCGCUUAGAGUUUAUCUUUUGUGCAGUUGUUUUCAUUAUGGUACUGGUAUACUUUCCUGAUAAACCACCAAGUCCACCCAGUGCAUCAGCUGCAGCUCCAAGGCUGGAGUUUAAGAAUGGUUUUUUUAGACUCAUCAAGAAUCAAAGAUUUUGGUUAGUUUGUUUGGUUUAUGGUGUGGUCAGUGGUAUUACAAAUGGUUGGCUAAGUGUUCUUUACAUCAACUUAAAGCCACUUAAUAUUUCUCAGUAUGAUGCUGGGAUGAUGAUAUUUUAUGGUGGCUGCUUUGGUUGUUUGGGAGCUUUUGCUGUUGCAAGGUUGACUGAUGUUCUUGCCAAUCACAUGCGAAAAUUCAUUUUAGCAUUGAAUUCACUUUCUGUCUUCAGUCUGAUUUGGUUCCAGUUAAUAUUCAUGGAAUUUCUUCACGUAGAUUUAGUAUCAGUUUAUGCUUCUGUUGUGAUAAGCUUAACACUGUUAAUGUCUGGGAUUCCAUUGCUAUUUGAAUUGUCAUGUGAAGUUGCAUUCCCAGUUGCAGAAGGCAUCACAAAUGGUAUUCUUACUAUGGCCAGCAAUAUUGCCACCCUUCUUUUCCUUGGAAUUCUCAUGAUUCCUAACAUUAGUACAUCUUGGAUGAAUUGGGUAAUGUUGGUUUCAGACUGUAUCACAAUACCAGCUCUUCUUACUCUAAAAGAUGAUUUUUCACGACUACAGCUUGAUAAUGUAGAAAUAUAG